AUGGCUGGCCUCCCUUCUCUCCUGGUCUUCGGACCACAGACGGGGUUCCCAUCAGACAAGGCCCUGCUUGAAGCCCGCCAAGAGCUGCUCACCAACCCCAACCUGCGCGCUCUGAAGGAGGCGGUCGACGACCUGCCACAGUUCUGGCAGGAACUGGUCGACCAUGACUCUGCCCUGCCAGGCGACAUCAAAUACCUGCAUCAUCUCAAGCAGUGGACCAACGACGGCGGUUCCCUGCCCUUUGCCCGGGACUCGGAGGAGGAGAGCACCGCGCCAAGCCACUACGCCCUGGCCGUCACCGUCCUGCUCCACAUCACCCAGUACACCCGCUACCUGGGACAGCUUAAACUGGGCCAACCUGGUGAAGGCUCGCACCGCAAGCUUCUAGAGAGCAUCAACGGCAGUGGGGGAGUCCAGGGGUUCUGCGUCGGUUUGCUGAGCGCCCUCGCCGUGGCCACCUCGGCGAGUGAGUCUGACAUUGGUGCGUCUGCCGCCGUCGCGCUGCGUCUGGCCGUGUGCAUCGGCGCCUAUGUGGACCAGGACCGGUUGGGUGACGAGUUCGUGGCUGUUGCUCUGAGAUGGGCGGACGGAAUCACGCAAGGUGAUAUUGCCGAUAUCAUCCGGUCAAUCCCUGAUGCAUCCUCCAAGCCCACCCUCACCAACGGCGUCGGCUCUGGUCACGAUGGUGUAGACUUGUCCCAAUACCCGGCCCACUCCAUUGCCAUCGUCGGCAUGGCCGGGCGGUUCCCUGGCGCGGACUCGGUCGACGAGCUGUGGGAUCUGAUCCUCGAGGGCAAAACCAUGGUCCAGCCGGCUCCUGUCGAACGGCUUGGACUGCCGCAGACGGGAGACCACGCAAAGACGCAAUGGUGGGGUAACUUCUUAAACGACCCCGAGGCCUUCGACCAUAAGUUCUUCAAGAAGUCGUCGCGCGAGGCCAUCGCCUGGGAUCCCCAGCAGCGGAUCCUGCUCGAGGUCGUGUACGAGGCACUCGAGUCGGCGGGCUACUUCGGCCCUCCAGCCAAGCCGGAACCACUCGACUACGGCUGCUACAUCGGCGCCGUCAUGAACAACUACUACGACAAUCUCUCCUGCCACGCCGGCACUGCCUACGCCACUGUGGGGACAUCGAGGUGCUACCUCAGCGGCUGCAUGAGCCACUACUUUGGCUGGACGGGCCCGUCGCUGACCAUCGACACCGCGUGCUCGUCGUCUCUGGUCGCCAUCAACACGGCCUGCCGCGCCAUCUGGUCCGGCGAGUGCUCGCGGGCCGUCGCCGGCGGAACCAACGUCAUCUCGAGUCCCUUUGACUAUCAGAACCUCUCGGCUGCCGGGUUCCUGAGCCCCAGUGGCCAGUGCAAGCCCUUCGAUGCCGACGCUGACGGGUAUUGCCGAGGCGAAGGCGUCGCAGUCGUGGUCCUCAAGCCGCUCGCGGAUGCGGUCAGGGAAAACGACAACAUUUUGGGCGUCAUUGUCGGAUCCGCUGCGAACCAGAACCACAACUUCAGCCAGAUCACGGCGCCGCACUCGGGCUCCCAGGUGAAGCUCUACCGAAAGGUGAUGGAGCUCAGCGGGGUGACGCCAGACGAUGUGUCGUAUAUUGAAGCCCACGGGACCGGAACCGGCGUGGGCGAUCCGAUCGAAGUCACCAGCAUCCGCGACGCAUUCGGUGGGUCAGGGCGAGACUCCGUUCUCUAUUUCAGUUCCAUCAAGGGAAAUAUCGGCCAUACCGAGGCCACCGCCGGCGUUGCCGGCCUCAUCAAGGUCCUCCUGAUGAUGAGACAUCGCAAGAUCACAGCGCAGGCGAGCCACAAAUCCCUGAAUCCCAAGAUUCCGUCCUUCGACGACUACCGGAUGGCCAUCCCACGAAAGGUCAUGCCCUGGCAGGCGUCAACCCUCCUGGCCUUGGUCAACAGCUACGGCGCGGCCGGCAGCAACUCGGCCGUCAUGCUCCGCGAGAAGCCGUCCUCGCGUUUCCCCGCGCCAACAGCUCCGCGACUGGCAAAGUACCCGCUGUUCAUCUCGGCCGGGUCCGCCAACAGCCUCGCGCAGUACAGCAAGAAGCUGCUGAGCUGGCUGAACAAGGCCGAGGCUGAAUCUGCAGCCGAUCUUCUGCCGUCCGUCGCCUUCAAUCUUGCUGACAGAGGCAACCACCAACUCGCACACGUCCUGGCCACUCCCGUAAGCUCGGUUGGGGAACUUAGGGCCAAGCUCGAAGAAGCAGCAAAUGGCUCGGGGACAAUCAACAUCACAGCCAAGGCAACCCAGCCUGUGGUGUUGGUAUUUGGCGGCCAGGAGAGCGACUUCAUCGGCUUGUCCGAGGAUGUUUACCAGUCUUCGCUAGUGUUCCGCAAGCACCUUGACGCCGUUAACGACCUUCUUCUCUCGGCUGGGUUGGAGAGCAUCUUCCCCGCCGUCUUCGAGUCCAAGCCUCCAGGGAAUCUGGUGACUCUGCACUCGGCUCUUUUCGCCGUCCAAUAUGCCUCGGCCAAGACCUGGAUCGACUGCGGACUGAAAGUCGAGGCCGUCGUCGGACACAGCUUCGGUCAGCUCACUGCGCUCUGCAUAUCCGGGGUGCUUUCACUUGGCGAUGCUCUCAAGUUGGUCUCUGGAAGGGCGUCACUCAUGCAGACCCAUUGGGGUUCUGAGCCAGGCUCCAUGCUGUUCUUGCAAGCUGACCGCAAGACGGUCGAGGGGCUCAUCCGGACCGUGGAUGAUGCUGGCCAGUAUGCAGAGAUCGCGUGCUACAACGGCCCUACAAGCCACGUUGUCGUGGGUUCCUCCGCGGCCAUCGUGUUCCUGCAGCAGCACAUUGCCAACACGCCGCACCUCCAGAGCUCGGUCCGCACGCAGAAGCUCAACGUCACCAACGGCUUCCACUCGCGGUUCACGGAGCCCAUGCUGGAACAUCUCGCGUCUCUUGCCGAGCAGCUGGAGUGGCGACAGCCAACCAUCCACCUUGAGACAACCGACGAGUUCCAGAGCAACUCAGAACCCGACUUCCGUAUCGUCUCGGAGCAUACCAGAAGGCCCGUAUUUUUCCAGCAGGCCAUUGAAAGGCUCACGGCCAGAUACUCCCAGUGCACGUGGAUCGAGGCAGGACGCGGCUCUUCGGUCAUCAAGCUCGUCAGGGGCUCGGUGGCAGAUCCGCAGGGGCACGCAUUCCAUUCCCCGCAGCUCACGUCGUCCAAGGCGCAGGAGUCGCUCGUCGAUAUCACUGUCGACCUGUGGAAGAAGGGCUACACGACGCAAUUCUGGCCGUUCCACCGAAGCCAGAAACCGAGUUACGAUGCCCUCAGCCUCCCUCCCAUCCAGUUCGAAAAGACGCGCCACUGGCUUCCGUUCACGGGAAGAGGCGCGGCAAAAGAGCAAGACGCGACGGAUGGGGCGAAGGUCGAGGAGGUAGAGGAAAAGCACGAGCUCUUGAGCUUUGUCCGCUUCCAGGACGGGGCCAACACCAAGGCCGUAUUCCGAAUCGAUCCGCACGCCGAGCGCUUCAAGCAGAUGCUAAACGGCCAUAUCAUGGGUGGGCAGACCCUUGCUCCGGCAUCCCUUUACUUCGAAGUUGUUGCGCGUGCGGCCCUGUUUCUUCAGAAGGACACCCAGGCCACGACCUACGUGCCUACGGUGGACGACCUGCACAUGAGAUCCCCAAUCGGGCAAGAUACCAACACCAAGAUCUCACUCGUACUCACCAAGCUCAACGACGUGCUGCCCGCCUGGUCGUUUUCCUUUACCACCCAGCCCGCCGACGUUCCAAACGCAGAGCCGUUCGAGGUCUCCACCGGCAGGGUCUGCCUCAAGAAGCGGGACGACGCCCAUCAGGCGCGAGAAUUCGAGCGGUUCGAGACCCUGACAGGCCACCGCCGAUGGGGAGAGGUCAUGAACCACCCCGACGCCGAAACGAUGCAGGGCAGCCACAUCUACCGCGCCUUCAACACGGUCGUCUUCUACGACAAGCCGUUCCAGGGCAUCAAGCAGGUCGCCUGCGUCGGGUUUGAAGCCGCCGGCAAGGUCAGGAUCACGCCAUCCCCAGAAGACCCGGCCGACCAACGGCUCGUCGACACGCCCAUGACGGACAGUUUCAUGCAGUUCGCCGGCUUCUUGGUCAACUAUUUCAACAACCCGAGCACCGAGGACGUGUUGGUCUGCGGCAAGAUCGAGCACAUUGAGCUGGGCGGAUCUUUCGACCCUGACGCCGGCGAGUGGCUCGUGUAUUCGACCAUGAGGGAGGGCGGUGAGACGGAUGCUUCGUCCGAUGCCUAUGUCUUUGACGCCAGAACCAAGAAAAUGGUCAUGGCUGCCUUUGGGUUCCGCUUCUCGAAGAUGUCACGCACUCUGCUCGGGCGUAUCCUUAAGAGCGUCAACAAAUCCGCCAACGCGUCCAAGACCCCUGCCAAGGACGACACACCGGCCGAUAUCGACGUUUACCUGCCAGGCCAGGCACAGACUGCUCCUUCGACUGCCCCUACCACAGGGUCAAGGCAGCCACCAGCUGGAAAGCGCCGCGAGCUUCUCCAAAUCCUGUCCAACGUCACCGACGUCCCGCUGGGUGAGCUCAGGGAGGACGCAACCCUGGACGAUCUCGGAAUCGACUCCCUGAUGGCCACCGAAGUCCUCAACGACAUCCGUGCGGCCCUGGGUCUGACCAUUGACCUCUCCAGCUUCCUGUUCUUCCCGAACGUCGGCGCCUUGCUAGCCUACGUCGACGAGAAGCUCGGCAUCACAAGCGGGGGAGACGACAUCGACUCGGGGGCUUCGGACGUCGGUACCGAAGCGAGCAACAUCAAGCAAGGCACAGCCACACCUCCCACGCCAGCAUCCUACGCAACCGACGAACCCAAAUUCUCCAAACAAGAGGUGCCAUCCCUGAUCUCAGCUCGCGACGCCUUUGAGGCGACCCGGCUCAACUACGACCACCACGCCAAAGCGACGCAGGCCGUCAACUUUUGGGCGGAAGCCUACCCGCACCAGGCACGCCUCGUGCAGGCCUACAUCGUUGAGGCCUUUGCCGAGUUGGGUUGCAAGCUGGCCAAUCUCCGGCCCGGCGACCGUAUUCCCGUCGUGCGAUUCCACGACAAGCACAAAAAGCUCGUGCGCCAAUUCUACCGCGCCCUGCAAGACGGCGGCCUGAUCACUGGCACCGGCGACGACCUGGACAACUUCACGCGCACGGCGACGCCCAUCGACCCGACGCCCGCUGAGACCAUAUACCACGACAUCGUCGACCUGCACCCGCAGCACGCGAGCGUGCUCAAGCUGGUGCGGGCCGUGGGAUCCGAGAUGGCGGCGUGCCUGCGCGGCGACAAGGAAGGGAUCCAGGUAGUCUUUGGCGAACGCGAGACCAAGCGGACGCUCGAGGAGAUGUACGAGUUCUGGCCGCUGCUGAGGACACCGUCAUGCGUGCUGGGCGAUUUCCUCGUCAAGGCGUUCCGCAACUCGGUUGGGUCCGGCAAGUUCCGCAUCCUCGAGGUCGGCGCCGGCACGGGCGGCACUACGCGCUACAUUGUCGACCGUCUGCGGCGGGAGGGGAUCGAUUUUGAGUAUGUCUUUACCGAUCUCGGCCAGUCGCUCGUCAACGCCGCGGCCAAGGGGUUCAAGAACAAGGACGGGCUCGUGUUUGAUGUCCUUGACAUUGAGCAGGAGCCCAAAGACGAGUACAAGGGCGCGUUCCAUGCCGUCAUUGCCACCAACUGCAUCCACGCCACGCGCAACUUGGAGUUGUCCCUUAGACACGCGAGGCAGAUGCUCCGGGACGACGGGGCGCUCGGGCUGAUUGAGAUUACGCAAAACAUGUACUGGCUGGACAUUGUCGUCGGGCUUUUUGAGGGGUGGUGGGUGUUUGAGGAUGGGCGGAAGCAUGCCCUUGUCGACGAGAGGCAUUGGGAGAAGAAGAUGAAGAGGGCCGGCUUCGGAGAGGUGUCUUGGAGCGACGGGAUGAGCCCCGAAGCCAAGACAGUGAGGGUCAUUGCUGCGUUUCCUGGCCAGGGAGAGGUGACGGCGCUGGAGAAGCCGGUGAAGGCGGCCAUGGAGACGGUCGUCUAUAAGAGAGCCGGAAACCUGGACAUCCACGCCGACAUUUACUACCCGCUAGAGGGCGAGGUGUCGCCGGAUAGGAAGUUACCCGUUGCCUUGAUGAUACACGGAGGCAGUCAUAUGCUGUUCAGCAGAAAAGACAUCCGGCCUGCUCAGACACGUCUCCUGCUCAGCAAGGGUUUCCUUCCCGUCAGCUUGGACUACCGCCUCUGCCCCGAAGUGCCGUUGAUGGAGGGUCCCAUGGUGGACGUUUGCGACGCACUCGAUUGGGCUCGCCAUAAGUUGCCCGGAAUCAAGCUCCCAAAUCCCGGACUCCAGAUUGACGGGACCCGCGUGGUAGUAGUCGGCUGGUCCUCGGGCGGCCAGCUGGCCAUGUCAUUGGGCUGGACGGCGCCGCUGCGUGGGCUGCGCCCUCCCGAGGCCACCAUCGUCUUCUACGCCCCGACCGACUACGAAGACACGUGGUGGCAGAACCCCAUUCAGCCGAACGGCGCUCCUUACAAAGGCCAGCAAUACAACGUGCUCGAGGGCGUCCGGGACGAGCCCAUCAGCAACUACGACAUGGUGGGAGCGUGGGAGGAGCCCAUCGCGGACCCGCGCAGCUGGCAUGAUGCCCGCUGUCGCAUCGUGCUCCAUAUCAACUGGAAAGCCCAGACUCUCCCUGUCAUCCUGAAGGGGUUGCCGAGCAUCACCAAUGCUGCCAAGCAUCCCGAAGUGAAGGACUGGAGUCAGCUCUCGCAGCCGUCCCUCGAAACCAUCAGGGCUGCUAGUCCGCUUGCUCAUAUCCAGGAUGGGAGCUACCGCGUACCGACCUUCUUCAUCCACGGCACGGCUGAUGAUUUGAUCCCCUGGGAGCAGACUCAGCGGUCCCAUCGAGCCAUGGCCGAGCAGGGCCUCGCCACAGAGUUGGUGCUGCUUGAUGGGGCUCCGCACAUCUGUGACCUGAGCAGUGAUCCUAAAUCGGACGGGUGGAAAGCCGUUCUCCGGGCGUAUAAUUUCAUUGCCUCGCAUGUCUAG